GUGGGCCACUUCAGUACGCGGAUCGUCGAUGCGCGGAUCGCAUUAUUCAGAUCACCCGAAACCGAUCGUCGAACUGUCAUCAUCCGCGCGACGAUGAUCGAACUCGUUAUUUUUCAGCGCUCAGCUGUCCGGCUGUUCCGAUGGUGUCGCUGGCUGCUUUAUUACCUUUACGCGAACGUGUCGAAUCUCGCUCUCAAGACUCUGAAUCAUUUGAACGAGGAAGGCGAGGCGCUUGCCCUUCAAGAUGACCUCACAACGCACCCCACCCUGGCCUUGAUGCGGCGCAUCCUUGCAGAUGCACAGGCAAAAUUCCGCAUGAUGGUGGAGGAGAACGCAGCGACCGGCCGGCUUGACGGCGAGCUGGAACGCGCCAGGGGCGAAUGCGCGACUCUUCGGGGUGAGUUGCGCGAUGUCCGCGGCGCUCUGCCGAUCGUACUGAACAACAACAACGCCGGCAACAACGGCGGCGCCAACAGCAACAACAACCCCGGUACGGCGACCGCUGCUUCCGCUGGGAACCCCGGCCAAGAAGCCGAGGUUCAGGAGGACGCCAAGCUACUCAGCGCGGCAGCAGCCCGAUCGAGAAGAGGAGCUCGGCCAGACGACAAAUCCGCCAGUCCCAUCGACAAGAGGACCAGUCCGGUACCCGACAGGAAGGAUAGAACCAGCCCCGUCGAUCGGCGAGCCAGUCCCAUAGAACGAAGAAAUGGCUCGCCCUGUCGUAGUCCGAGCGAGAAGGCCCGUACUCGACCUUACGCCCCGGCUCUGGAGAAGACGCGGCUGGGUGGUUCCGGAGGUAGCAUGGACUCCCGAUCGGGUAGCGCGAGCCCGGAUCGAGGCUCGGCGAACCGAGGAGGCGGCUUCCUGCACCGCGGCGGCAGCGAUCGUUCCAGCGUGGAGCGGCUCCGGAUAUCGACUAACCGCGAUUCUCUGCGAUCCAGCAAGGAGAUGAACGACCACGACCAGAAGGACGCCGAUAAGGAUCUGAUCGACGGGGACGCGCGUGGCGACGAGGACAAUGAACCGCCCGGACCGGCACCGAGCAGCAGACCGUCAUCCCCGGCUAAUUCCCUCGGUACGGGUGCCGACCCGGUGGUGGCGUCCAGACUCUCCAACCUCCACGGCGGCGGACACACGGAGCUGGCCAGCGCCAGGAGACUGCGAUUGGAGAACGAGCGGCUGGUGACCGAGGUCGAGCUGAGGAGGCUGUUGCUGAGCGGCGCACGCGGCGAGGUCGGCGCCGAGGACGCCGCGAUGGAGGAGGAGGCCCGCUUCGUCGCCCUGGAAAUGGAGCUGCAGCACGCGAAGGAAGCGCUGCAGGCGCUGAAGACCGCGAAGCGGCUCAAGCGGAGAAGUUUCGACCUUCUCAAUCAGAUGAAGGCGCUCUACGGCACCCGAGACAAGGAGCGCGAGCUCCGCGAUUUUAUACGAAAUUACGAACAGCGGAUGCGGGAGAACGAGGCGACCCUGGGACGUCUUCAGCAACAAGGAGCCGGCAUGCCGUCGGAGGAACGCGAGAGGGAGCGAGAGAGGGAACGCUGGAGUCUUCUAAGGGCGGCAAGGGACGAGGCCGAUCGAAGCCUGAGCCUCGCGGCUAGUUUGGCCGACAAAGAGGCCGCCCUCUCGCACGCACACGCGACCAUAAAAGAGCUGCAACGUCAGCUGGUGGAACGCGGCGGCGGCGGCGGAAUCUGCCUGAGCGACCAGGAGUCCCUGGUGUCGUUUCCGCGCGGCAGCGUGAACGGCGCCGCGACCCCCGGUGCCGGAAGCAGCAGCGGCGGCGGAGGUGUCGGCGGCGGCGGCGGCAUCGGCAUCAUCCCCCACAUGAAUUCGCAGCCGCCGUUGGGCAUCACCGAGCUCGGGGUGUCCGUGGGUAACGCGGGCGGCGGCGCAGGUGUGGGAGGAUCAUCCGGCGGACAGGCCGGCGAUCGCGGCAGCUGCAGCGCCGACAGCGGAGUCCGCGGAUCCAGCGAUCGCGAGAGCGGCGGAGCGACCAGCGUCGGCGGGAACCUCUCGGACUCCACUACGGACGGCACACCGACAAUUACGGUCGAGGGCAGCGGUCUCGACAUGGACAGCAUCUCCGUGGUAUCCUCCGUAGCACCACCCCAUAUAUACCAAUCCGCGACCACGCCGAAGGACUGCAGCCCUACGCUGUCGCCGUUGAACGCAUUCUCAAGGUCGAUGGACAAUUCGUCGCUGUCACGAUCGGUCGAACAGCUAUCCAGCCCACUGGAAUCCGAGCCGAGGAGGAACAAGCAGCCGCCACCUGUCGUCGCACCUGCCGCGCAUUCGCGAUCCUCCGCAACUCGCGGCGGCACUUGGGGAUCCAUUUCAAGAGUGUUCGCGCGUUCGCGACACCGGAAGACGGCGAACAGCACCAGCGGCGGAAGUGGCAGCAACGAGGCCGCUGAUAGCUUCGAUCCGUAUCGAUCUUGGUCGCCUCUCACCGAAGAAGGUUACGCCGAGAAGCUUCGCUUGCUCCGUGAAGCGGCUUCCGUGCCUAUGGAACGAUGGCGGGCUCCGACUGUCUUAGCCUGGCUAGAAGUGGCGUUAGGGAUGCCUCAAUACGGUCCACGAUGCGCCGAGAAUGUGAAAUCGGGCAAGGUCCUACUCGAGCUGAGCGACGCCGAGCUGGAAGCUGGUUUGGGGGUGACUCACCCUCUUCAUCGGAAGAAGCUGCGUUUGGCUAUUGAAGAACAUCGACAUCCCAGCCACGUCCGGUAUCCCUGCAUAGCCCAACUCGGUCACACUUGGGUCAGCUCCGAGUGGCUGCCAGAUCUGGGUCUGGCCCAGUACUCGGAGAGCUUUGCCACCAACAUGGUGGACGCGCGUAUGCUGGACCAUCUGAGCAAGAAGGAGCUCGAGAAGCUGCUUGGGGUCACGAGGAAGUUUCACCAGGCGAGCAUCGUUCACGGUAUCCAUCUAUUGCGGAUGCUGAAUUACGAUCGACAGGCGCUCGCUGUCAGGAGACAUCAGUGCGAGCAGGUUGACACGGAUCCUUUGGUCUGGACGAAUCAAAGGUUCAUUCGGUGGGCGAGGAAUAUCGAUCUCACGGAAUACGCCGAGAAUUUGAAAGACUCGGGUGUGCACGGUGCUUUGGUCGUGUUGGAGCCGUCGUUCACCGGCGACACCAUGGCCACCGCGUUGGGCAUCCCGCCGGCCAAGCACAUGAUCAGACGACAUUUAACCGCCGAAUUGGAAGCCCUCGUUCUGCCAGCAAGAAGUCAGCUGGAGGUGGUCCCGAGGAACAGCACCGGCGGAGGUGGCCGUCCGAUGAGCACCGCGAGCGUAGGAGGUAGUCUCGGUCGCGGGAGCCGGGCCCUGCAUCUCCAGCACCAUCAGAGCUCGUUGUCGGCCCUCCACAUGACGGCGAAUCACACCGGCACCGUCGACAGGCGCAGAUCCAGCCUCAGGGGAUCCCUGAGCAGGGCGUUCGGUCUCCGGCCUAGAAGCGAGAAGGCGUCUCCAUCCUCGUCCUCGGACACCGGCAGCCUCGCCAGCCAGUACAUGAGCAGCAGCGUCCGCAGCACGUCGCCGCAGCCGCCGCAGCUGCCGCCGCGGCCGAUGACGACCGGAAGUGGCGGCGGCGGUGGCAGCGGCAAGCGCCACCGUCGGGUCAAGAGCAUCGGCGACAUCGAGUACAUCAGCACGGCCGCGGUGAGCACUCCCUACUCGGGCUCGUACUCAGGCUACAGCAACGUACUGGCCGGUCCCGGCGACCAGCAGUUCUACCAGCAGUACCAGCCGCACUCCAACUAUUAUCAUCAGCUUCACGGAGGUUACUACUCGCCGCAGAGCUCCGGCCCGCCAUUCCCGGGAGUGCAGAGAUACGGCAGCCUGGCGGAGGAGGCCUGGUCAUCCUGCUCCAAGAGCGACGCCGGGGUCUCCAAAGCCAGCCCGAGGACUUACCUGGCUUAGCUAGUCGCCGCGAAGCAGUUCAAGUCUCGUUGAACAUGUGUGGUGUCUUUUAUCCUUGAAGAUCUCUUACGGAGAGAAAAAAUGUGAGGAAUCAUUAUUUUUCAACCGAUACUGAGAAAUUUUGGUAAAGAAAUCUUACAUGGUGAGAUGUAUUUAAUGUGUUUAUUUAUAUUUACUUAAUCUCGCCAUGUGAGAUUUAUUUAAUAAAGAA